GGAAGAGGCUGACCAGUGUAAAGUGCAUGACAUCUGUAAACAGACUCCAGUCUUUUCGAAAUUGUCUUCAGGGUUGGAUGAAUUAUAGCAAACGUUAAAAAAAUAAUAACUGAAAAGGUGUGCACUGUCAAAAUGUUGUGGAGUAAAGCCUUCUGCCACUACACUGUGCUCCUCCUGAGCCUGUGGUUCUGUGUGGAAGCAGUGCCCAUCGCUGUGGACAAGACUGAAGUGGAAACCCCAGAGGAGAAACUGGAGGCACCACAGAGUGUGGACACUGGGCUUCACUAUGACCGCUACCUCAGGGAAGUCAUUGAUUUCCUGGAGAAGGACCAGCAUUUCAGAGAGAAGCUCCACAAUACAGACAUGGAGGACAUUAAGCAAGGCAAGCUGGCCAAAGAGCUGGACUUUGUCGGCCAUCAAGUGAGGACCAAACUGGACGAGCUGAAGAGGCAGGAGGUGAACAGGCUAAGGACGCUCAUCAAAGCCAAACAAGACGCUGAGGGAGGGCAUGAAAUGAACCACAAGGCACUGCUCAAGCAGUUUGAGUACAUGAACCACAUGAACCCACACACCUUUGAAGUGGAGGACCUGGAUAAGCUUAUUCAAUCGGCUACUAAUGACUUGGAGAACUAUGACCAGAAGCGUCACGAGGAGUUUAAGAGGUACGAGAUGAUGAAGGAGCACGAGAGGAAGGAGCACUUGAAGAACCUCGACGAGGAGCAUCGCAAAGACGAGGAGCAGCACUAUGAAGAGCUGAGGAAGAAACACGCAGACCAUCCUAAAAUCAACCACCCUGGCAGUCAGGACCAGCUGAAAGAGGUCUGGAAGGAGUCAGAUGGUUUGGACCCAAAUGACUUUGACCCCAAGACCUUCUUCAAACUCCAUGACACCAAUGGAGACAGCUACAUUGAUGAGCAGGAGCUUGAAGCCCUGUUCACUAAAGAGCUGGAGAAGAUGUACAGACCCAAUCUAGAUGAGGAUGACAUGACAGAGAUGGAGGAGGAGAGACUGCGCAUGAGGGAACACGUCAUGAAUGAGGUAGACACCAACAAGGACAGACUGGUCUCCCUGGAGGAGUUCCUGAUGUCCACAAACAAGAAAGAGUUCUUCGAGCCAGACAGCUGGGAGACUCUGGAGCAGGCUCCCGCGUACACCGACGAGGAGAUGAAGUUGUUUGAGGAGCAGCUGGCCCAGGAGGAGAGCAACCUCAACCAGAAGAACUCAGAUCUGCAGAAACAGAAGGAGGAGCUGGAGAGGCAGCAGGAGAAGCUUAAUGCCCAGAAAGCUGAGCUGCAGCAGGCUGUGGAACACAUGCAGAUAAUAAAAUUGGAAAAAGCAAACGCCGCCAUUGAGGUUAAAGAUGGUGGCGCUACAGUAGCAGUGUCCCCUGGAGGUCAAGCAUUGCCAGUACUACCAGGAGACAGCCUACCUCUACCCCCCGGUCACCAACAACACUUACCUGCACACUCUUAGCAGGCCCGGAAGCUUUUUCUGUGUGUGGAUCUGUGUGUUUGCGUGUGUGUAUAUAUAAAUCUCGCAGUGAAUCAGUUUUAGUCUGUUUUAAUGUGUUGUCAGACCUCCGGAUUUCCCAACACACACCCGAAUGCACACAUACAGUCCAACAAUUUCCAGACACUAGCUGAUCCAAUUAGAAUGUAGCAUUCUGUAGCUGACAGGAGCAGCCAGCACAACCGACAAGACUUGAAAGAAUCUGAACCAGACAUUCUGUGGACAAUCCACUCUUCGUUAUUAGUUCAUAAUAACCUAUUGACAACCACUGCACAGUUCUAGAUGGGGAUGUGCUUUGGGAGAAGUGGGAAGAGUUUUUGUUCCUGAAUAUUAGCAGAAUAUGUGCAGUUUCGUUUUCUACCUAGUUAGGUAGGCUACCCAGUGGCAUCGCUUCUUUGGAGAAACAUGUUUAAAAUACAUUUGGUUGAAUAGUUUACAGAGGUGGGAAAAUAAAGGUCAAAUGAAUUCCUAUUUUGACAUGCUGCUUGAUAGUAUGUCAACCUCAAUAAGUUCAAAUUUACCUUGAUAAUAAAUAGCCUUGCCGAUUCAUUCCUGACAUUAAUAAUUGCCCAUACACAGAUAGACUCCUAUUGGCUUCACAUCAAUGGCAAUGAAGGCAUAAAUACAGUGCCUUGCGAAAGUAUUCGGCCCCCUUGAACUUUGCGACCUUUUGCCACAUUUCAGGCUUCAAACAUAAAGAUAUAAAACUGUAUUUUUUUGUGAAGAAUCAACAAGUGGGACACAAUCAUGAAGUGGAACGACAUUUAUUGGAUAUUUCAAACUUUUUUUAACAAAUCAAAAACUGAAAAAUUGGGCGUGCAAAAUUAUUCAGCCCCCUUAAGUUAAUACUUUGUAGCGCCACCUUUUGCUGCGAUUACAGCUGUAAGUCGCUUGGGGUAUGUCUCUAUCAGUUUUGCACAUCGAGAGACUGAAAUUUUUUCCCAUUCCUCCUUGCAAAACAGCUCGAGCUCAGUGAGGUUGGAUGGAGAGCAUUUGUGUUAUUGUUUUACCAUCGAGGACCACUUUGGAAACAAGCGUUUUAAUUAAUACUUUCAAGUGAUAUCCUCUCGGUCCACAUUGUACAUGUUGUUGUAUAUGUCUGUUACCCAAAAUUAAUUAAAUUCAAUGGAUAUUCUUCUAUACGUAAUAACAUGGAUAUUCUACUAUACUUAACACCAUGUAUAUUCUCUAUACUAAAUACCACGGAUAUACUUAAUACCAUGUAUAAAUGUGGCAAAAGGUCGCAAAGUUCAAGGGGGGCGAAUACUUUCGCAAGGCACUGUAGUUAUUUUCAGUAUUACAUUCGUUUUAAUUGCAUUUUGUUAAUUAAGAAACUAUUAUUGUACUGUAAUUCAAUAUUGGCCACCUUUUUUUAACCUGCCAUAAACUGCCAUUCUUCCUCUUUGAACAAAGAGGAUGUGGACUGUGAAUGUUA